AUGGGCGAGCCUAUCGACAUUGACAAUCCGAAUCACUAUACGAAAAUCGACGAGCUGACCGCUCAGGGCCUCCUGGAUCGCGAUGCUGUAUUACACAAGCUAACCCGGAGAAUCUGCAGAUUUCAUGUUAUCAAACCAGAAACAGAGCUGCUACACCUGCGCAGGACCUUUGACUCUCUGGCCGUCGAGGAAAAUGGUAUCAAGGUACUCACUCAGUCUGCAUUCCUGUCUUUCCUUGAGUCCACCGGCUUUCUUCCUCCGUCUAUGAGAGAGGCAGGUGCUCUUGUUUACCGCAGUCUUCUAUACCGAUCGCAAUACCCAUUUCAUCAGCCAAUCCCCGACUCCCUCACCUAUAUGGGGCUCCUUCGUGCACUAGCCUGGGCCAUCCCCGGGCGGGCAAGGCCGGUCCACGAAGCAUGUAGCUGGAGUCGAAGCCGAUCGCCGGCAGACUUUAGAAGACAGCUUUUCCAAAGCUUUGCAACAGCCCGAGAUGGCAAGUCUAUCCCGUUUGACGCGGAAUAUGCCAAGGCCCAGGCACAGCGGAGAGCUUUUGAUUUUACCUGUGCUAGCUAUGAUUGUGAUACGUUUACGCACCCUAAAACCAAUUAUGACGAUCACGGUGAUGAGAUGUUUCACGAUAUUCUUGAUGUGCUGUACAGUGUUCAGCCGCAAAUAAUUUGGCUAGUGCCACCCCCUCGAGAUUGCUUCCGGGCUACAGCGAGAAACCUGGCCGGAGAUGAACACCUUCGUGAUCUAAGCAUCCCCCAGGACCAGUUUCGAGCAGUGUUGAAGUUACUGGUCACGACGUUCUUUGGGAAACCCAAAGUCCCAGUUGAGCAGCUGGUAGACUUGGACCAUGUCGUCGAUUGCAUGGCCCGCCCUGCGAUUCAACGACCCGAUCUCGGGAUUACCUGGGAUAUGUAUGACCAGGCGGCUCGUAAUGGCAUGCCGCUGCUUGCUUAUGGUCUAGCGCACCUCUUGACUCCAUUCUACCAAGGUCGAGAGGAUGAAUCCGACACUUCGGAUAUACCACAGUUAGGAAAAGUAGCAACUUUACCCGUUUGUGCUCAGAUGGCCUCACUUGAUAUUUCUGCCAUCUAUGGCCCGCAUGAGUACAGGUACUACGAAUUGAGGACUACGUCACUCACGGCUGCCACUGUAGCAAACGACCUAGAUGCUUUCCCCAAAGCUGCGAUCGCUCUUCUCCUCUCUGGGAAGGAUUCACGGACAGGACAGAAGACCAUAUUUGGCUAUUAUGUGCCUCUUCUGGCAUUCAAGAAACCACCGUUCCUAUUCCAGCUUAGUGAUAUCUCGGAUAGUUUCCGUGGAAAUGGUCUUCGACCAGGUCAUGAGUUCGAUGGAGGCGAGCUUGUGCUCGGUCAAAGAGGAAAUGGUGUUGCGUUGGUGCUACGGCAAGACUCGAAGAGGGCGAUUGUAUCCCACAAUGUGUCUGACCAAUUCCAGCCGAUGUAUGCUGCCAAUACCUGGCGGGGUGACUGGCAAAUUGAGUUUGAUGUGGAGGAGAUCGAAAUUUGGAUCCAACCCGAAGUCGAUGACGAGGCAAGUGAAGAGGCAGGUGAAGAGGCAGGUGAAGAGGCAGAUAAAGAGGACGGAGACGAUGAUGAAGCGGAGGACGAAGGCUAG